GGUGACUUGGACAGCUCAGCCAAAUACUGUAAAUAGUAUGUGAUGUUGGUAAAAGUAUUUUGUGUGGCAGAAGGCUCCCAGAGGAGAAGCCUGUGCUCUAUGGACGGCGAAUCAGAUAAAGGGGGGGUGGGUGAUUGUGCCUGGUGCCUGUUUGGAAAAAUCCAGCUACGGAACCAAUGAUACACCUACUGAGAAAAAGGGGAAGUGGUGUAAAUCCAGACUUCGGUAGGAAGCGGGAGGCAGUGGCGAUGGGGAUGGAGAAAGAAAUAUACAAAAAGGUGCUCAGACAAAAGAAGAGUGUGAGUUGGGCGGCGACCCUCAGACUGUACUCUGUACCACCAAUAUUACUCGCUCUGUAUCACGGCAUUUAUACCAUCCAUCUUUAUGACUGUCCGGCAACGCAAGGGGCCGUCGAAAAAAGGUCGGCUGGUUCGCUUCUCAAGCCCGCUGCUAUUGAUUUGAAUUUGUUGGAGGCUUGAGGGACCAGGUACUCCGUACCAAGCGGGAAGCUUCAAUAGUCGAGGUAGUAUCUUAUCACAUGAUCACACAACUAGCUGGUUCUCCAGGUGACUACGAUACCACAAUUAUGUCGUCUAUAGUGUGUUGUAACCACAGUCUAAAUACGCGGACUUCAUUAACAAGCUCACCGGCCAUCCAUUCAUGUUCUAUGACUAGCAUACCUAAGUUAAUUACCCCGUCCGUAGUAGUCUACUUUUACCAAACCAGUUAUCACGUGAUAGUACAGUGGAUUGAUUCUAAGUCCCCAUCAUCACGCAUACA